GGCGAUCAAUCAAACAAAUCCAAAUUUAGUUUGUUACCAAUUUCAAAAGGUUAUUUAGAAACUUUUUGGAAAAAGCAUUUUAAAAGUGGUUCCAUUACUUUUUAUGUUCUGUUCUUUAACACAGAACAUAAAAAAUAAAACCCGCUUAAAAGAACUUGAGAAUCGUUUUAUUUCAUAAAUAUUUUAAGUAUUCGGCUUUGCGCGUUACUUACAAAUAAUACAAUAUUACCUACCUAUCUGAAUGUCUCACUACACAGGACUUCCGGAGGUAGUCGUUAAACCUGGUAACAUGAUAAGCUACUGGUCAUCUAAGCUAAAAAUAUGCGUGUUCCUUCUCGCAGUUUUUCUUUACAUUUAUUGCCUGCUUUUGAUAAAGACGAUUUAUAUGAAAAACAAAAGACUCGAUCAUGUGAUGGCGAUGGUUAUGGAAACAGAGAAGCUCAUUAGCAAUGUACACCACAUUGACCAGAACCUCGCAAGGAACAUAGAACGAGUUGAAGAUUUCUACAAUGAUUACUAAGUUAUAUAUGUACUUUGAUGGAGAAAGAACUAAGAUAUUACUGGAUUCAAUUGGAUUGAUUUCCUCUUCAGCGUAUUAUUAUAUUAAUGCAUUAUGCUAAUGCUAAUAUACCAUAAAAAUAAGGCAAUUUACUUUUGAUAAAAGAACUUGUAUUAUGUAUUGUUUUAGUAUUUUUUAAUUCAAUUAACUAGGUAUCUCAUGAAUGUUUUAUAAGAUAAUGCAAUUAGGUUGGUUUUAGUGAAAUGCGAACCUGUCGGCGCAUACUCGUUUCAUUGUGGUGCUGAUCGCUGCGAAGUACAGACAGAGUGUCCAAAUUGCUGAAGUAUAUUUUUUAUGCUAAAGGAAAGAAGUGACAGGGAAAAAGAGAAACACAGCAUAUUCAUCCACUUUUGCGUGAAUUAAUGAUAAAGUAUGAACCACAAUGCGGUAUGAGUGGAUCGGAUACAUUCACACACUUAUUUAGUGUUCAUCGCCAUUCCACAUGACUGUACACGCUGACGUCGUCCGCUCAGCCCGAAGGCAGAGGCGCGCGUGCGAUGGCAGAGCGCAACUGCUCAGCGGCACUAAAGCGCAACGCGUACGGCCGCGCACAUCUCGGCGCUGAGCGGUCGGCAUAACUACAGAACGCUUCUAUAGAGCACAUACUGGCCUGUCGAAUUGAUACUAAAACCAACCUUAAGUUAAUAAUAAUGCAUCAAUGUUAAUAUAAACUUAUUAUUAAUAGAUAGAUAGUAGUGGUAUUGCUGUGCUUAUUUUAUGAUCUCCUUUAUAUUUUUGCCUUAAGGACAUUGUAUAUUUUUUUCAGCCUGAAUGUAAGGAAAAGGAAGUUCGACUAAGUGUGAUAAGGAUUAAAGAUGU